ACAUAACAAUCACUUUUUCUCAGACGCACACAUUUCAUCAAUUAGAGGAACUUAGUUAUUUAUGUUUAUCUAUAUGUAUAUUUUGAUUUCAUGUUUUGCUUGUGAUUAAUCUCUUAGGUGAUUUUUGUGAUUAUAGAUUUCGUGCUGCUAUGUGGUUAGCUUAAAAUUAUUUAUGUAUCAUGUGUUCAGGAAUAAGUGAUUAUAUUGUGUGUUCAAGUGAAAGGUGGGGGAAAGAAGAAACGAUUAUGUCUGAGAGUGAUGUAACGGCGAUGAAGGAGACGCUUCGCGCGCAGCAGCAGCUUCUGCAGAAGCUGUACGCGGAAUUGGAUGAGGAAAGAGAAGCGUCGUCGACUGCGGCUAGUGAAGCGAUGGACAUGAUACUGCGUCUGCAAGGGGAAAAGGCUGCGGUGAAGAUGGAGGCGAGUCAUUAUAAGAGAAUGUCGGAGGAGAAGAUAGGUCACGCGGAGGCGACUUUAGAGGUUUUCGAAGAGCUUAUGUAUCAGAAGGAAAUGGAAAUUGCUUCGCUCGAGUUUCAAGUUAUGGCUUAUAAGCAUAAACUUCUAAUGCUCGGUGCUGAUUUUAAUGCGAGUGAGUUUGAAUUUCCGGAGGAUCUUCUAUUGAAUCAAAAUGGUCAAAGUGGUAGUAGUAGUACUAUAAGAAGGCUCAGUUCCUUGCCGCCGAUUCCGUCUAAGAAUACUUUGCGAGCUAACCGGAAGAGAGAUCGAUCGCCAACUCCACUUCCAGUUUCAGAUAUGAUUCAUAAUACAGGUGAUGGCAAUGACCAAGAAGUCAUUUCACCGAAAAUGGAUUUGCCGACGAGAAAACCCAUGGACUUCACAUUCGGAACACUUGAUUCAUAUUGGAACCAGAUCCAAAAGUUAGAUGAAAAAGUGAAUGGGAUAUCGGAUUGUAAAGAAUCGGGAGUUGAAAAAUAUUCAAACCUGAGGAGUAGUAGAGGGAGAUCGUGUUCGAUAUUUUCACAAGCUAGCAAUAAGAUAACGUUUGACAAAACGUAUAGAGUACCGUUUACUACUAAUGCAGAUAAAGAAAAUCACGUCGAAGGAACACAUGAUGCAGAAUCGGUUGCUAGUCCUUCUUAUUCGGUUAACGUGCACGAUGUAUUCGAAGUUCCGCAAACAAAUGAAAAGCAUGAAGAGAUUGAACAUGGGAAAAGAAGGCUUGAGAAAUGGAUUUCAGAAGUAGAUUGCAGAUUGAUAAAACCAGACCCUGUGUCCGAGGAAAUCAUAGAAUCGCAUGUUAAGCACGACAUGGAGAAGCUAAAGAGUGUGAUGCUUAGCGCGCGUCAUGAAAUGAAAAAAUCAAAUCAUAAAGAUACGAAGAAUGUUGUCGACUCCAACGCUGAAGCUGAGUUUCAAAAGUUGCAUCAGAGAAUCGAUAGGCUCGAGAAGGAGAGAAUUAGUACAAGGCAAGAAGAGAUUAAGCGUGACAGCUAUGGAGAAGAGCAUUUGCGAUUGUUGAAGGAUAUUCAGAGUCAACUCAAUUCAAUACAGUUAGAGAUGAGAAACUGUAACAAAACCAAAAAAGCCCCGCCGAAGAGGGACGACGAUGUUUCUUUUGGACCUCUUCUUCCCGAGGCAAUGCUGUACUUUUGGAUGUGAUCGAAUUACUAAAGAAACGACCGUCUCAGAUUCUCAAAAAACCGAUCAACUCAGAGCAUUAUUCGGUGUACAUAUUAUACUUUGCUCACAAAAGGGAUUUUCUUCGGUAUAGGCAAGGUAAAAUAGAUCUUAUGAACUGAAUGUUGAAUGUUAGUUACUGAAGAGUGUAUAUGUAUACCAUUUCAUAUAGUUGCGUAUUUUACAAUAGACAAUACACUGACAUGUGAUGUGAGUUUUUUGUGUGAUUCGAUAUAGUGGAUUAAAAAUGUCAUGCGAAAUUGACGAUGUAUAUUUACAGA